AUGCAUGCGGUGGGGCUGCACUCGGCGCUCGCCAUCCGCCGCGAGCGCAAGCGCCGCGCCGAACAACAGCGCGCCCGCGACCGCCGCUACUCGGUCCAGUCCCCCGCGUCCGGCGGCACUUCCCCCCACUGCUCCAUCGGCAGCCUCGAGAGGCGGCGCUUCAAGAACCCCAGAACCACUGACAAUGAAGUCGUCUCGUCCGUCGGCAUGCUCCAUCUCGGCGUCGUGUUCCUUGUGCUGGGGUUCUUCCUCGUUGGGUCUGGAUGGUUGCCUGAUGACGUCACAUCGUGGAGCAGCAUCGGUUCCGUAAGCUGGUUCAAUGAGCUAGUCUGCUCCGGGCUCUUCGCUAUCGGUAUCGGCAUCUUUUUGAUAGCACUACACAAAUAUUUGACUAAGAGCGAGGAGGACGCAUUGGAAGAGUAUGUUCAAAGGCAACUCACAAGGUCACGGUCCGGACACAGAUUGGAGAGAGACGCCGAAACUGGCGGCAUGCACACAAAGAACGCAAAGCGUGCUCGUGAGAACCAAGCUCAAUCGGAAGCUAUUACUGAAACUUAUACGGAGCAAACGCUUGACGCUCACGGCUUCGUUAACGAAUUGGCCGUAAAUGGGGACGUGUUACGCGAGCUGCCUCUUGAACAGAUCACGGAAGAAGAAAUAUCCGUCACUUCUGAAGCAGAAAAGAGAUUGGGCAGAUUCAACAAGGAUACUUAUUCGCAGGGAUCGGUGACUGCAAGUCUGAGUCCAGGGUCGCCGUCCGACACCAGAGAACUUCUGUCUGAUGGACGCUACAUGGUCAUGUCGCGAAUGUAA